UCAUUAGACAGAAAGCUUCACUUCUACUCCUUCUCAAAUGCUAUCGAUACAGCUGAUAUCUUCUUCAUAGUCGACCGACACCCUUUUUUUUUAGAUUAUAAUAUAUUGUAGUAUCAUUGAUUUUUUUUACUUCAUUGUCUGUUACACACCCUACAUACAUUCUGUUGAAUGCCAAAGUACUACUGCGAUUACUGUGAUACUUUCUUGACCCAUGAUUCGACUUCCGUCAGGAAGUCGCACAUCAAGGGUAAUAAACACAGGGCCGCUGUAUUAGCCUAUUAUGAACAGUUUAAUCCUGACAGACAGCGCGAAGAACAGCCAAAUCUCUAUGAAGCAUUAGGCGUUGAGGCUAUGUCUUUCCCUCCUAUGCCCUUUGUUGGAAGAGUUCCAUCUGGCCAGUACGCUUUCCCGUCGAACGCAUUUUUGAUGGCUCCUGUAUUUCCUCCAAAUACAAUGCCAAUGCCCCCUCAGUUCAGAAGCACAGGAAAUCGAAACGACCGAAACUUUAAGGAUGAGCGUGCUCGAGCCGAACACUGGGAAGAUUCGCGCGACGCACACAUUCUUCCAGACGAACACAUGGAAAUGUAUAAUCGGAAUUCUGACGGGAGAGACGAUCGACACGAACAAAGACAGGAAGGGAUGAAUGAAGACGGGAUUCGACAAGAAAGAAGCGGCGACCGCUUUAAUGGGUCAUGUGGCGACAUGGGUGGAUUUAAUCGUGAGGAUCAAGGAAAUAACAUGAAUUACGUUAAUAGCAAUAGUACCGCCAAUCUCGGAUACAGUAACAAUUAUACUCCUAUUCUUCCGUUUCAUCGUUGAAAAUUUCCUGUCAAAUCCAAAAAUGCCCCCGUAAUUUAAU